CUCAAGACUUGUACUUAUAGAUAGAUAGACAUUUCUAACCUUCAAUGCACACUUUUUUACGAUGGUGAUGGCUCGUCGCGUGUACCUAUGUUGCGCAGGUGUUGCACAACCAGUAAACAUAAAUAAACAUUCGUGAAUGAAUAAGUCUAUCGACUUUCAACAGUUACGACUCAUCAUUACGAGCUGGUUUUCGCGCAAGGCAAGAGCUAAACGAUCAAGAUGUCCAAAGCUGCUGGAGAACUUAUAAAAGCUGUUUUCGAGAGGACGAGGACGUCAAAGACCUUUGGUCGAGUUUUAGAGAAUGUUAAACUAAUUUCUGCUGGUGAGGGAAAAUGCAAAGCUGAGUUGAAAGUCGACGAGGAGCAUUUAAACCUAGGUGGAACCCUGCAUGGAGGUUACACCAGCACUCUUGUAGACUGCAUUUCAACUUACGCACUAAUGACCCACAAAGCUGGUGUUCCAGGUGUCUCUGUAGACCUACACGUAACGUUUCUGAAAGCAGCAGUUCCUGGUGAUGUGGUUUCCAUAGAUGCUAGAACCAUAAAGGCUGGCCGAACACUGGCGUUUCUGGAAGUAGAGCUCUCAAAAAAGGACGAUGGUGCACUGAUUGCUCGAGGCAUUCACACAAAAUUCAUCGGUGGAUAAUUCUUCACCAUUAAAAAAGUAAUCUUUCUCUCUUAAAAGAGUAAUUGGCUUUUUAUUCUUGGAUGCAUAUAAAACAAGAACGUGAUUGGUCCCCUGUUUGGUAGAUUUAAGAACAAGAAUGACGCGAAAACAGACCACGUUCAUAGAUUUUGCAUUACUUUUUGUAAAAAGCUGAUUCUAUAGCGAGAAAACAUGUGCCUGAAUUGCUAAAGUCCUGGACCAUCUGAAAAAGUGGUUUGAAAUCAUGCUAUAUGUGAAAUAGUGAUUAUAAACUAAUGUAAGUGUUAGCUGAUUUAUUUAUUGAUGUUUAGUGAGUUUACAAAAAAAAAAAUCGUGAAAUGCUCAAUAAGGAAGUUUUUUACAAUUUUACAAUACUCUUCGGCAAUUAUACCUACAUUUGUGGAGUCUGUUUACUGGCUGUAUCGAGCGCUCAAAUCAAAAGGGGUAAAAACAGCUGUAACUGUUGAAGCUAAAUAAACUCACUGCGAUGUUACAAUUUAUAUUAAUUUAUUUGUAUAAAACGAUACAAAAUA